CAUAGUUGCACUUAUAUUAGGAAGUUUGGAGAAUUACUACUUCCGGUAGAAUUUUUGACGCACUUGCACCUGACAGUUUGUAAAAGGAGCCCAAAUAAUCUGAAAAAAUGAACCGUCUUUUUGGAAAAGGUAAAGAAAAACAACCACCACCCAAUCUAACAGAUUGUGUCAAUAAUAUUGACAGCAGGGGUGAAUCAAUGGACAAAAAGAUCGGAAGACUAGACGCAGAGCUGAAAAAAUACAAAGAUCAAAUGAAAAAGAUGAGAGAUGGGCCAUCUAAAAACAUGGUGAAACAAAAGGCUAUGCGAAUUCUGAAGCAGAAGAAAAUGUAUGAAAAUCAGAGAGAGAACCUGAUGCAGCAGUCAUUCAACAUUGAACAACAGAAUUACGCAAUUCAGUCAUUAAAGGAUACGAAAACAACAGUUGAUGCUAUGAAAGUUGGGGUGAAAGAAUUCAAGAAGGCUUACAAACACGUGAACAUUGAUGGCAUUGAGAAUUUACAGGAUGAUAUGGAAGAUUUAACGGAGCAGGCAAAUGAAAUUCAAGAGGUAAUGGGCAGAAGUUAUGGCAUGCCUGAAGUUGAUGAUGAUGAGUUGGAGGCUGAAUUGGAUGCCCUGGGUGAUGACCUUGCCCUGGAUGAAGAUUCUUCCUACCUUGAUGAUGUGGCUUUACCUAGUGUGGCUACAAGUGAGCCAGGAGCAGACAGCAUGAGGGAAGGAAAUGUGCCUGUCGAUGAAUUUGGACUGCCGCAGAUCCCACAAUCUGCAAAGUAGAAUGACUGACAAAACAUUAAUAUCUAUCAUGUUAACUUAUUGUGAUAUGCACAAGAUAUAGCGACUUUGUCACUUAAAACAUAGCUUGAAUAUUAUUGUACUAUUACUUUUCUUUUCAAGUGUUUUAGGUGACUAUUGGAUAUUGAUAUAUGUAUAAUUUAGAAAAACGUGUGUGAUGCACAACAGAUAUAUGUUCAUGAAAGUUGCAUUAUUGAAUAUCAAGUUAUGUAGAUAUUUCCAUUUCAUGUUGUAAACUAAAUUCGAUAUAAACCUUUUGCUGAAAUGUGUUUUAAAACUCUAAAACAUUUUAUAUUCCUGAUUUGCACAAUUUAUUGUAUCAUCAGUUAUAUAUUUUCUUUGUCUAUGAGAGGUUUUUUAUAUAAAUUUUACUGAUCAAUAGAAAUUUGCGUGCCAAUUAAUUGUUUGGUUAUUUUUUUCUUCCAACAAAUGAAUUUGUUUGAAAUGUCUUUUUUGGAAAAAUGACCAGUACAUAUGCCAUAAAAUACCCAAACUCGAGUUUAAAUUCUAAUGAAUACAAGUAUGUAAGUGUAGUAUUGGCUGAGAUAUCAAUAUUUACAAUUCAAUAUUCACAUCAUCUUUGUUUCAUGCUUUGUAGUAGUUUUUCUGUGACCAUCCUGCAUUCAUUAAUGAACAAAUAAACAUUCUUUUGAAGGGUA